CUUCGCCGUCAAUCUGUCGGUCUCACCCGUCAAUCUCUUUCCCAAUGGCUCCCUCAACACAAUCCGAAAUCAUCCAAGAGUGGGCAGAUUACAUUCCCACGCCUGGCGUACCCUCCCCUGCAGGCCCUUACACUUUUGAGAGGGGAAGGAUGGAAAAGGCAAUCAGAAAGGUCUGCAUUGAGAUGCCUGAGGAGGCUGCUCAGAACAGGAAGAAGAAUGCGAGCGCUGCUGGAAGUGCGGGAGGGGUUAAAAAGGUCAAGAAGGAGGAUGUGGACUUUUUGUACAAGGAGCUGCUUCUCUCGCGGACACAGGCUGAAAGCGCUCUGCAAGAAGCCAAUGGUGACCUGAGUGCAGCCAUCAAGAAGAUUGUGGUGUCGUAGAAACCCGUCUCAAGACCAGUUCAUUUCGUUAACUGUCGAGCAGACACAGGGGCAUCAAGAGAGGAAGCGACAGAAGGAGAAAGACUAUGGAGAUAGUUGUACAACAGCUCAGUAUUCCAUCUAGACAAUCUUGAGGCCUUGUUAUAUUACAUAUGAAUCGAGUGACAGGUAUGAUGUAGC